ACAGUUCCUUCAUUCUCCAAAAAGUAUGAAGCUGUGGACGCUUCAUCUCCUUGCUCUGUAUCUUCUCUUCCAAUCUGGACUCUCCCAAACAGUGGUCAAGUCUCUUCCCGGAUUGCCCGGCGACCUCCCGUUUUAUCUCGAAUCCGGGUACAUCGGAGUAGGGGAGUUGGAAGAUGUUCAGCUGUUUUAUUACUUCGUCAAGUCAGAGAGGAGUCCGAAAGAUGACCCUUUGGUGCUGUGGCUCACCGGCGGCCCCGGUUGCUCCGCCCUCUCUGGACUGUUGUACGAGAUCGGUCCAUUUACGUUUGAUUACGAGAAAUCUACUAGAGACAGACCAAUUCUAAAAUUGAAUCAAUAUUCAUGGACAAAGGUGGCAAAUAUUAUAUUCCUAGAUCAGCCCGUUGGAACUGGAUUCUCCUAUGCAAACAGUUGGGAAAGCUACAAUCUAAACGAUAGCGUUUCGGCCUCUGAUUCUUAUGAAUUUCUGAGGAAGUGGCUUAAGCUCCAUCCUGAGUUUCUGAGCAACCCACUCUACAUCGCUGGGGAUUCUUAUUCGGGCGUCAUUGUUCCAAUGGUCACUCUGCAAGUUGCCAAAGGAAAUGAAGCCGGUUUGAAGCCUAAAAUGAAUCUUGAGGGCUACUUGUUCGGAAACCCUUUCACGAAUGACGAUAGCGACAUCAAUUCAAGAGUCGCGUUUGCUCAUUUGAAGGGUCUUAUAUCUGAUGAGCUAUAUGAGUCCGCUGGCAUUAAUUGUAACCGCGAUUACAUAAACAUUAAUGAAAGCAAUGUUGGUUGUGUCGAUGACCUUAAAGUUGUGACCGAGUGCCUGGAGAACAUAUAUACUGCAAACAUACUGGAACCGAACUGCAUGCCUCAGGCUCCAAAAUCGACGGUGGUUGAUACGUGGGACCCCAGCUUGAUUAAUCAAGACCGUUCACUUCUCCUUCUGCCGACCAUGGAAGCUCCCCGGGCUUGGUGCCGGGAUUAUAAUUAUUUGUGCUGCUAUAUUUGGGCUAGCGAGAGAGCGGUUCAAGAUGUUCUUCAUGUCCGAGAGGGGACAUUUGAGAAGUGGGUGCGGUGCAACAGGAGUUUAUCUUACGCAUACACUGUCACAGAAGUCAUUGACAUACACAAAGAGCUCAUAAAAAGGGGAUAUAGAGCACUUAUUUAUAGUGGAGAUCAUGACAUGAUCGUCCCGUAUGUGGGAACGCUGGCCUGGAUUGAAAGACUGAAUCAGACAAUUUCUCGAGAUUGGGAAGCGUGGUUCGUCGAUGAACAAGUUGCCGGGUUUGGUUUCGAUAACAACCUUAUAACUAUUGUAUACUACGCUAUAUUCUUACGGAGUAACCCUUUUCACAUAUGCAACCGUCAAGGGAGCGGGACACACGGCUCCAGAAUUCAAGCCCAAGGAAUGUUUUCCGAUGAUUAAUAGGUGGUUCGAUUAUUAUUACAUUUAAUUUGCAGUUGUAGCUCCCUUUUAAUUCUCAAAUUUUAAAAAGUAAACAUAGUUGAUGUAAUAAAUUUUUGUGGAAGCGGUUUAUUCAUUUGAUUUU